GUGUGAAAAUUUUUUUUGAAAUUUGAUAUACAGAGGUUGAGGUCGCUGAAUGCGAUUCAGAAUUUUAAAAUUUAAAAUGGAGGAUUUAAUAUGGCAGAGCUCAUAUAUUCGAAAAAUCCAGAAUUUUAUUAGACUUUGAUUCGCCGUAUUGGAUUCCCCAUUUUAAAUUCUUUAAAGCGGACAUCAAAAUCGUAAUCAGUGACCUUGAAAACUUUUCUACGUCAAGUAUAAGAAAAAAUUUGCAUUAUUUAUUUGCAAAGUAAAUGUGUAUGUCGCUAUAUAGCGCCAUCUAGACAUGUCAUUUUUCGCUAUAUGGACGGCUCAUCAAUGCUAAUGACGGAGUUAAUCAACGAAAAUAUAAACAUACGUACACAUGUCAUUAUGAGUGACAAAGAGUAUAUAACAAAAACUGUUAUUCAUGUUGGAACAAAAAAUAUUAAUUUUGUACCAGGAACAAAAGUUAUAUUUCACUUCAAAACUACAAAAUAUGAUUCUGACAAAACAUUGAUAGAUGACAGCAGGACAAUGGGAAAUCCAAUGGAACUUGUAUUAGGAAAAAAAUUUAAAUUGGAAGUAUGGGAAGCAAUUGUACAAAAGAUGGCAUUGAAUGAAGUUGCUUGUUUCAAAAUACAUAAAAGUCUAGUGACUGCAUAUCCUUUUGUCUCUAAAACAUUAAGAGAAGCUGGUAAACCACAAUCAGAAAAGCGUAAUCAUCAUUGUUGCGGUGUUACUCUUCAGAAUGAAGGCAUUGGUUACGCCGAUCUGAAUGAACUUAUAAAACAUCCUCAAGAUCUGGAAUUUACGAUAGAACUUGUUAAAGUGAUAUUGCCAGAUGAAUAUGAGAAAGAAUCAUGGCAAAUGACAGAGAAUGAAAAGCUUGAAAACAUUCCAUAUUUAAAGGAAAAGGGAAAUAUUUUAUUCAGAGAAAAUAAAUAUAACAGUGCAUCCGAAACAUAUGCAAAAGCUAUUGGAAUGUUGGAACAACUCAUGUUAGCUGAAAAACCAAAUGACAAAGAGUGGUCGUCUUUGAAUCAAAUGAAGAUACCAUUACUUUUAAAUUAUGCGCAAUGUAAACUUUUAAAUAAGGAAUAUUACUCAGUUAUUGAACAUUGUUCAACAGUUUUGAAAACAGAACCAGAUAAUGUGAAAGCGCUUUAUCGAAGAGGUAAAGCAUAUAUUGGUGCAUGGGAUGAAAAAAAUGCCGUUAAAGAUUUAAGGAGAGCUGCUGAAAUUGAUCCUUCUUUACAUAAUACUGUUGAAAAAGAAUUACAAAUAUUUACAGCAACCAUUAAAGAAAAAAAUAAUGCACAAAAAGAAAAAUUAUCAAAGAUGUUUAAAUAAAAUUAAAAUUUAGUUACACUAGUUACACUAAAUUUAUUACACACAGGAGUAACACUAAUUUUUAAAUAUAUGUUUCUAUUGAAUCAAUUUAAUCCCUGUUAAUUGGGCUUUUAUAUAUUUCUUGUAUAAAAUGAUU